AUGAAGGCCGCGGUUCUACUUGCAGCCCUUGCGCCUUUGGCAGCACUGCCAGGAGUCCAGGCCCGGACUGGAGCUGCAGAAAGCUGGAUCACCAAUAUUUGGAAUGAGUUCAAGGAAGCUGUGGACUGUGGAAGCUGCCAGGUUCUCUUGGGUAGCCUCAAGCUCGUGGCCGACUUUGGUGAAGGUUUCCUGGAGGAUGUAUUGACUGGCGUCUGUGAUAUCAGCGGUGCGGAGGAUCGCGAUGUCUGUGCUGGCGUCAUCGCCAGCGAGGUCCCAGCCUUGCACUACGCCCUCAAGAACAUGCACGUUGGCUCCCACACAGCCAAGACCCUCUGCUCGGCUUUGGUCGGUCUCUGCGACUUCCCGGACGUCCGUCCAUUCGACAUACCCUUCCCCUCGCCCAAGCCAGCAAAGAGUCGUCCUCCACCAAGCGGUAAACCUCCCAUCAACGUGGUCCACUUCAGCGAUACCCACGUCGAUCUAUCCUACGAGACCGGCUCAAACUAUGACUGUUCCAAGCCCAUCUGCUGCCGCGUAUACUCGGACGAAGACGCCCCCGGAAAAACAGAGAAGCCAUGCGGACCAUUCGGCAAUACCAAAUGCGAUCCUCCCGAGAGCCUCCAAGACUCCAUGAUGACCGCCAUCGCAGACCUCAACCCGGCUUUCUCAAUCUACACCGGCGACGUCGUCGCACACGACGUAUGGCUCGUAAACAAGGAAGAAGUCCUACAAGACUUCAACUCGACAUACGGCGCGAUGGAGAACCACCUCGGCCUUGUCUACGCCGCGUUGGGUAAUCACGACGCCGCACCGCUAAACCUCUUCCCAUCCAAAAAUAUCCCCAGCAAAUACAACCCCCAAUGGGCCUACGAAGCACUCACAGCAAACUGGAUGACCCUAACCGGAAUCGAAAGCGUCCAAAAUGCAAACGAAUACGGCUCCUACUCAGCCAUCCACCCAAACAGUAAACUCCGCAUAAUCUCCUACAACAGCAUCUUCUACUACAAAUACAACUUCUUCUCCUACACCGAACCAAUGGAAUACGACCCGAACGGCCAACUCACCUGGCUAAUCGAAGAGCUGCAAGCUGCCGAAAACGCCGACCAACGCGUCUGGCUAAUCUCGCACAUCCCAUCCGGAAACGUAGACCAUUUCCGAGACCACUCGCACUACUUCGAUCAAAUUAUCCAGCGAUAUGAAGCUACAAUCGCGGGGCUCUUCUUCGGACACACGCACACCGAUGAAUUCCAAAUCGCAUACUCCGAUUACAAAAAUCGGAACUGGGACACCGCCACGGCAAUGGGCUACGUCGCACCAUCAAUGACCCCAACAUCCGGACCACCCUCUUUCCGCGUCUACGAUAUCGAUCCAGAAACCUUCGCAGUAAUGGAUUUCACCCAAUAUAUCGCCAACAUCAGCGAAGCAUCCUUCCAAACAAAACCAGAUUGGAUACCGUACUACUCCGCAAAGAAAGACUACGGCGGCAAACUCACCCCUCCAACACCGAGUACUGCCGAACUCACCCCCGCAUUCUGGCACAACGUCACCGUCGCCAUGGAGAAGGAUUCUUCCGUCUUCAAUGACUUCUGGGCUCGACGCACGCGCGGAUACAGUGUCCCCGCUUGUACGGGUGAUUGCGUGAAGAAUGAGGUAUGUGCUUUGCGUGGUGCCGAUGCGCAGUAUAGUUGUGUGCAGCGGACGCCGGGAUUUAGUUUCUCGAAGCGGGAUGAUGGUGAGGAAGUAGAGGUGGAUUUGGAGAAUUCGCCAUUGUUGAGUAAGAGGUUCCAGCCGGAGUGUAAUCAUGCUGGUAUGGCGCCGUUGUUGGCGAAGAUUGCGCAUAAGGCUAGUAUUGCGAAGAUGAAUGGGGAGUGA